UUGUCUUCCAAGCUGUUGGUUCGUCUGUAUUUCUGCAGAGUGUAUCCAACUGCUGAAGGACUGCAUCUGCACUUCCUGGCUAUCUGGCGGCAGCUGUACCCUUCCUGGCUGAGAAUCUUUAUCUUCAGGCGUGUUUCCUGCGUUAGGUUCCUUGUUUUAGCCAUUUUUGUGUCUGAAGAACUUUCAAAUGUGCUGGCUUUAUGUAGACACGAAGCUUGGCAACAAAAAUUGUGUCUUUUAAUGAAAAGAACGACCUUCAUCACUGGUACCAAAAUGACCCAAUACUCAAAAUUUCUUAUGUAUUUUUAUGGAACCAAUCAAUUUUAAGUUUUUAGGAUUUAUUUAGUAUUUUGGCUGUGACUGUACUGAAAGAAAUUGCACUUGAAGACCUAAGAGUGAUUCUUAAUGCAAUAUUUCACAAAUGCAUGGGGUGUCCGAAAACUUUUUUCGACCACUGUAUGUUCACAUUAUUGGAGCUUGUGUGUUCUGCACAUCUGAACCCCUAUGUCACAUGGACUGAACCAUUUAUCAGAUGGUUGACAUUCACAUUGGUACGUAAUGACACCACUAUGUUUAUUUAUCAUGUAAAUACAUAUAACUUGUAUUGUCAGUGAAAAAAGACUGCAAGUAAAUUGUUGUUCUUGAUCCUAUUUAAGGGUCAACUAUAGACCAUUUCUCACUGUAUGUUUGAUAUGUUUUUUUGUGUUAUAACAAAGACCAUUGCAGGAGAUUUUUAUUCUCUGUGUUUUACAUAAGGCAUUGCAGCAACAGAUUCAGCCUCACACACCUCAACAGGCACAGCCAAUUUUACCAUCAUUAUCUACCUGCUGCGUCUUUUUAUGUACCACCCAUUUACCAGUGAGAGCAAAGUCUUCACUGCUGCGCCUCUAAGACACUGUACAGCUGAAAUUGGACUCCAUCUCAAAGAACACCCGAGCUGGAAAUCCAGCAAACAAAACAAACUUUCCGGCAAAUGAGCAGGACAGAGUGCAGAACCUGCUAAGAUAUCAUCACUGUGUUCUCUCCACACGAUUCUCUGCUGAGUACCAGAGGAAGUGGUUACAGUGCUGUGCUACGGCCAUAGAUCAGGACUGUCAUGAAGGCCAGAGCUUGUACAAGAAGGGAGUACAGUGUCAUCUUCCUCGUUCUGGCCAUGGCUGCCUUAAUCUUAGUGCUACACAACAUGGACUUUCUGGAGUUUUGGCAAAACUGCGAGUUUCAGCAAAAAGUGAACUCCACCGUCAUCGUCCAGAGAUUUACCACUCACCCUGACAUGCAUCACGACUCCUGCACCUUCCAGCCACUCUCCCCUGAGGACGCUCUGGAGGAACGCCUCCUACUAGACUCCAUUAUUUGGCCUGAAACUCCACUUUUGCCAGCUCCUCUUUCCCCAGAGAACUCCAGUGAUCCAGCUCACAGCACCUUCACCAUUCUCCCAAGGAGGGGAGGAGGACAGUGGCAUGUAGGGGAUCAGCUAGAGGUUAUGAUAAAAAUGUCUGAUUUCCAUGGUCAUUCCAAGAAGUAUGGGGGGGACUUCUUACUCGCCCGACUCCACAACCUGGAGCUUGGUGCAGGUGUUGCUGGGCAAGUGGUGGAUCAUCUCAAUGGGAGCUACUCUGCUGUAUUCUCUUUACUCUGGGAAGGAGACGCGCAGGUUGAGGUGACGCUGGUUCAUCCUAGUGAGGCUAUCCCAGUGCUGAAAAGGCUGAACAAAGAACAUCCUGACAGAAUUUACUUCCACAGCCUGUUCCGCUCAGGCUCACUCUCUGAAACUGCUGUCUGUAACGUCUGCCUACGUCCAACCCACCAGCUGCUGUGCAACUACACUGACCCCCGUUCAGGUGAGCCUUGGUUCUGCUACAAGCCAAAGAACCUGAGCUGUGAUGCCAGGAUUGACCAUGCCGGGAGACAAAAAGGUGGAUUCAUCACAGCCAAUGAGGGGAAGCUAUUUCGAAGUGGUGUCAACUUAAAAGUCCACAUUCAAGCUUCAGGACCUGCCAAUGUCACUGUGUUGCCAAAAAAGAAAGGUCAGCCAGAGGUGAAGAGUAGCAGUGUGACAUCUGGACCCUCUGGCUAUUACUACCAGGGUGCAUGGCGAGCGUUAGAUGGAACCACAGUUCACCAGUUCAACACCUCCUCCGCCAUCACAAAGUGUCUGACAGGCAAGAUGAUCCACCUGUAUGGAGACUCCACCGUCAGACAGUGGUUUGAAUUCCUCAACGAAAAACUACCAGAUCUUAAGGAGUUUAACCUGCACAGCGCGAGGAAAUUUGGACCUUUCAUGGCCAUAGACAAUGCAAACAACAUCAUGGUGACAUUCCACUGCCAUGGUCCUCCUAUAGUCAGUUUUACCACGACCCCAACUACCAAGCUUCAUUACAUUGCAAAUGAAAUAGAUGCCUUAACAGGAGGCACAGACACCAUCGUAGUUUUUGGCAUCUGGGCUCACUUCACCCCCUUCCCCAUGGAGGUGUACAUCCGGCGGCUGCGGGGCAUCCGGAGGGCAGUGGUGCGGCUGCUGAUUAGGGCUCCAGGGACAGUGGUUAUCAUCCGGACAGGAAACCCCAGAGCUGCGACAUUUGAUCUUUCGCUAUUCUUCAGUGACUGGUACUCGUUGCAGCGUUAUAAGGUGCUCAGAGCCAUGUUUAAAGGAAUGGAUGUUCAUCUGAUCGAUGCCUGGUCGAUGGUCCUGGCCCACCACCUGCCACACAACAUCCACCCACUUCCUCCCAUUAUUAAAAACAUGGUUGAUAUUCUGUUGUCCCAUGUGUGUCCUCAAAAGGGCAGCUAGGUGUGUGUUUGGUUGGGGGAAGGAGUGUAGAUUUAAGCAUACACUGAGUUUACAUAUUGUCUCUGUUUUUACUAAGUGCUACAGUCCAUGCACAAACUAGACUAACUACACUGUUGGUAUGUUAUGUUAUAAUAACAAUGUUUAAAAAUGUAUUUAUGACAACAGUCUUAAUGAUACACGAUAUCUACCUAUAAUGCAACAGUCACAUAUUAAUUAAUUUUUCCCUCAAGACAUAUGAAUUUGUAUUACAGCUUUAAAAAACUAAAACAGAGUAUUUUAAUCAUAACAGUAAAACAAAAACAACAAGUGGCAGUCCCGGGUCUGCUCCCUUUCACAGCCAACAGAAGAAGGAGGCUCACUUGCCCAACAUCAAAGCAGCAUGCAACAGCAAGUGGUUUUCAAACUUCACAAAGCUGACCAUAGUCACUUUAGCUGGGUGAAUGUUGUCUAAAGGAGUUUGACCAACCACACGUUUGAUCAUUACAUCACAUGCAGCAUUUCAGUAAAUGCACAUUCAGAGUGCAGACAUGAACAAAACUCAGUGGAUACAUGCAGGGCACAAUGCAGGAUGUGUUGAGAAUUGUUGUGGAGCUGAUUAAAGUUAGAGAGAGGACUAGGAUGUUUAAUUGCUAUAAACAUCAAGUUCUGUGUGGAUCAAAUGUUUAAUAGAUCUAUGUGUGAGUUACAUCAGUAAAAUGCAAAAGAAGAAUGGUCCAGGGAUAUUAGAGGAUCAAGUCUUCAGGCUCUUAAGAAAAAAAAAAGAGUCAGCCCUGUCAGAGUGAGAGGUGGAAAAGGAAGAGACGACUGGGCCCAAAGGGGCUGUAUAGCAAUGCGUAUAGCCGUAAGCCACUAAAAGUCUACCAUAGUGAGGAGAUGAUGAGAGGCGAAGGGAAGGGGGGUGGUGAGUGUGAACUACUGAUAUGGUGAUGUGCAGGUGAAACACGGUGCAGCUGAUGCAUUGGCCAAAGUGCUGAUUGAAAGUCUACCAUGUAAAAGAGAUGUAGGAACAUUAUGCCAGGCCAGACCUCAUGGGUCCUCAUUAAACAAUGAUUUAUGCUGACUCAAAUAAAAGCCACAGCAACAUUCACAAGAUUUGGCUGGACUGAAAAGAAAAAUGCGAAGACUUCGGCCAAGCAGGAGUUUUUUGUUUUUUUUUCGUGGUAUGUAAGACAUAGUCACAGGGCUUGACGCUGACUUUUUUCCCAAGGAGCACAUGUGCUCCUAAGUUGAAAAAGUAAGGAGCGCACAAAGGGUCUCAUUCAUGAAAAGUGAGUAAAUCUGUGUGUAGAUUUGCACAUAAAAGCCUACGCUACUUAAAAACCUACUCCGGAUUCAGGAACGCCGCGGGAAACAGCCUGGGCUGCCUACAGAGACCGGACUUUUUCAUAGCAUAUUCAGAGGGCAUGAAAUCUGCAGCUAACUUAAAGAAGACUGGUCCAAGGUUGUGUGGACCAGCAGGUUUUUUACUAUCUAACUUGAAUAUGGCUGUUCAGUGGUGUUCAAAGCAUCAAUUCAAUUUCAAUUUCAAUUUUAUUUAUAAAGCCCUAUAUCACAAAUCACAAUUUGCCUCACAGGGCUUUACAGCAUACGACAUCCCUCUGUCCUUAUGACCCUCACAGCGGAUAAGGAAAAACUCCCCAAAAAAACCCCUUUAACGGGGAAAAAAACGGUAGAAACCUCAGGAAGAGCAACUGAGGAGGGAUCCCUCUUCCAGGACGGACAGACAUGCAAUAGAUGUCGUACAGAACAGAUCAGCAUAACAAAUUAACAGUAAUCCACAUGACACAAUGAGACAGAGAGAGAGAGAGAGAGAGAGAGAGAGAGAGAGAGAGAGAGAGAUGCAGGUAAUGACAGUAGCUUACAACAACAUUAUUGAAAGUAACAAUAUUAUAGUUCUGGCUACUGUGGUACAAUAUGUUGAAAGUAUGUAUUAAUAUCUGGCAGUAUACAAGUGUGACAAUAGUCAUAUGUGUAUAAUAACAGUAGAAGUAUGACUAAUGACUAAUGAUGGCAGCAGCAGCAGGAGGCAUCUGGCAGGACCACGGCAGCAGCACAACCAUACAUGUCACGCUGUCCAGGCACCGCUGUGAUAUGAGUUAAUCUGAGAGACAGUGGAGCACAAAGGCUCCGGAGAAGAAGCUGAGUUAGUGACAUCCAGAAUGGCCGAGUUAGCAAGAUGCAGUAAUAGAAUACGAGAGAGAGAGAGAGAGAGAGAGAGAGAGAGAGAAGGUGAGAAGGUGCCCGGUGUAUUAUAGGGGGUCCUCCGGCAGACUAGGCCUAAGUCAGCCUAAUUAGGGACUGGUACAGGACAAGCCUGAACCAGCCCUAACUAUAAGCUUUAUCAAAGAGGAAAGUCUUAAGUCUAGUCUUAAAUGUGAAGACAGUGUCUGGCUCCCAGACCACAAAAGGAAGAUGAUUCCACAGGAGAGGAGCCUGAUAGCUAAAGGCUCUGGCUCCUGAUCUACUUUUGGAGACUUUAGGGACCACGAGUAACCCUGCGUUCUCAGAGCGCAGUGUUCUGGUGGGAUAAUAUGGCACUAUGAGCUCUCUAAGAUAUGACGGAGCUUGACCAUUUAGAGCUUUAUAAGUUAACAGUAGGAUUUUAAAUUCAAUUCUGGAUUUUACAGGGAGCCAGUGCAGAGAAGCUAAAACAGGAGAAAUAUGAUCUUGUUUCUUAGUUCCUGUUAAUACACGCGCUGCUGCAUUCUGAAUUAGCUGGAGAGUUUUUAAGGACUUACUAGAGCUACAUGAUAAUAGAGAGUUACAGUAAUCCAGCCUUGAGGUAACAAAAGCGUGGACCAAUUUUUCUGCAUCUUUUCAGGUCAGGAUAGGCCUAAUUUUCGCAAUAUUACGCAGAUGAAAAAAUGCAGUCCGUGAGGUUUGUUUUAAAUGAGAAUUAAAAGACAAAUCUUGAUCAAAUAUAACUCCGAGGUUUCUUACGGUAGUGCUAGAGGCCAGAGCAAUGCCAUCUAGAGAAACUAUGUCAUCAGAUAAAGAGUCUCUGAGUUGUUUGGGGCCAAGAACAAUAACUUCAGUUUUGUCUGAAUUUAACAUCAGGAAAUUGGUGCUCAUCCAAGUUUUUAUGUCUUUAAGGCAGUUAUGGAGUUUAGUUAAUUGAUUACUUUCUUCUGGCUUCAUCGAUAAAUACAACUGAGUAUCAUCCGCGUAACAAUGGAAAUUUAUAGAGUGAUUUCUAAUGAUGUUACCUAAAGGAAGCAUAUAUAGAGUAAAUAGGAUUGGUCCGAGCA